GCGGUCUGUCUCCACUUCUACUUCUCUGUGAUUUGCUCUCUCUCUCUCUCUCUCCCAAAUUUCCCCCACAGCAGUUGAAAGCUAAGUGGGUAGUACAGUAGGCUAGUGCCGCGCUUAUCCUUCUUUCCAUGUGCAAGCUGGAGUCGAAGCAAAGCUUGAUUUGAGCACCGGGUUGAAGUGGGUUUGGUCCAUUGGAUCCAGUUCUUCAAGUGAGUAAAGGGCAUUUAUUUGUAAACGUACAGGGCGUUUGGAGACGAAUAGGAUAUAUAAAUAUGCUAGCAACGAACCCGUGCUAUAUAUGCACAAAACAAUCCAUGUUUAUAUACAAUUAUAUGAGAUUACAUCUGAGAAUUGAAUUAGAGAGCAGAGGUCAAUAGCUUCAGCAUUUUUACAUUUUUGCUGGCCAACAUUAUUAAAGGAUGCAAUGCGAACUGCAGUGAUUCGGCAUUCAUUUGUUGGAGAGAGAAGAUGGAAUUAACCAUUGUGAAACAAGGGGAUAGUAAGAAGGAAGAACAUUCAGCAGAGAGUAUGAGUAAGGACAAAGAAUUAGCAGAUGAAAGUAGCUUGGCCAAAAGAAUGGUAAAAAGGGCCAACCCUAAGGAUCUGCUACUAUUGCAUUCCAAGCAAUCAAAAAGUGGUGAAAGUUGCAUUCAGAAAUCAUUCAGUCGGCGUAUUCACGGGUUAGACACUAGGAUACCGAAGCAUAUCAUUUGUCUAGACGAGAAGUAUCUUCGGCGUUGCCUCCAAUCGAUAUACGUGACUGCAUCAAAGGCAGGGUCGUACAAUAGUCACGAUAAUUUGUGUUCUUCAAAGAUGGGUGUUUUCUCUGAUGGCUCGAUUAUCAGAACUACAUAUGCUUCUAAUUUAGCUGAUUUUUUAACUGAAUGUCCAUUGGAUUGUAGGAUGGGGAACGAAAGCAGGACUAUUAAAAAUAUAUUGGAUAGCCCUUUGUUUCCUCAGUCAGGUGACAUGGAUGGUGAUAUCAAUUUUGGGAUUGCAAAAUUGGUUGAUACUAAAAAAUCCUUGGGUUAUACCAGUUGGUUGAGUGCCAGCUCAGAACAGAAGCUAGAAAAUAAGAUGGUGGUACUUGGAAAAAAUUCUUAUGGAUCUGAACCUGUAAACAACCGGCUUGUUUCUGUAUCAAGCACAAUCGCUACCGUUCCGGAUCAGAAUUCUUCGGUCUCUGAGGGUACUAUUCAGGGAAUGCUCCAGUGCACAUGGAAAGCUGGCUUUCCUCAUUAUGUCUUCUCUGUAGAUGAUCAGAAGGAGCUUUAUGUAGCAAAUCUAGGUAAGGCUGAGUCACCUUAUGACAAGGUCUUGGAUUAUGUGUAUUUCUUUCAUUCAGUAUCAGGUAGCAAAAAGGAACACGAGAUUCGUGUGAACGAGUCUGAUCUUGUUGGUAAGAUGAAAGUAUCUACAAAAUUUUCACUCUGCCCAAAUAAUUCGGAAAUGGUGGAGACCGAAUUUGUUUUGUUCGGGUGUGAGGAGAGUUCAUUGGGUGAGGUGCAAACUUCAAGCCAGUAUCCUAAAAAGAGGAAUACGGGAUUGUCGAAAAAGAUGGUGGAAGCAUUCAAGCUGAGUCAUUCAUCCCGGGAGAGGACCUCCUCCAAAUAUGUGGGUGCAAGCGGUAUGCACGAAAACUUUUCGGGGAAGCUGUUCCCGAAUACGAAUGCAAAUCCAAAUUCUUGUGGUACAUCCAAUCUUUUGGGAAAUCAUUUUGCGCCAAAUCUUGAGUUGGCAGCUAUCAUCGCAAAGGAUCAUAUUCGCAGCGGUUGUAAGGGGACAGAAAUUGGAGGGUGGGGCCUGAAUUUUCUCAAGAAAGUUGAGACUAGUAAGGCCGUUACAUCUCUAGAAGCCUCACCUUCUGCAUGUUGUCUUCGAAGUAGUGGUGAUUGCUCUACGAGUAUGGAUGUUCUAGUCCCAGCAGGUUUUCAUGGUGGGCCAAGAAACAGAAAUAGCGGCCCUUCUAGCCUUACCGAGAGAUGGAGAUCCGGUGGGCUUUGCGACUGUGGUGGGUGGGACAUCGGAUGUCCUCUCACUGUACUUGACACUAGACGAAGCAUAAAAGACGUUUCAUCACCCCAAGUCGAUACAAAAGGGGACAAGAAGUCGCUUGAUUUAUUUAUACAGGGUUCAAUGCGAGGUGCACCUGUCAUGAAAAUGGUGAAUAUUCACGAGGGUUUGUACUUUAUUCAUUUCCAGUCAUCUCUAUCAGCUUUACAGUCUUUCUCUAUCGCCGUGGCUAUUAUUCACACACGUACUCCCGCUCUCCAACCCAAAGUGUACAGGAGUUGACAUAACAAGAAUCGAGAAGGUUACGUAGAAUUAACUGCUUGUAGUACAUUGAGUGAUUAUUUAUACAGAAUUGAACAGUUGGUUGUUCUGUGAUAUGAUUGUUGAUUCCGUAUUGCAAGCUUAUCGUUCGUUUUCAGGUUUGGUAUUCGAUAUAACCCACUCCUGAUUACUUGCGACAGGCAGAAAUAAAUCCUGUAAUCCACCUCUUUUGUUCAAAGUUUUUUUGGAGUGAAUUUGAUAUGAAAAGUUGUUGACAAGCAGCAUCAUGCA